AUGAGCGAUUCACAUUCACAACAAAUAGCGGAAAGCACGACAAGAAUCAAAGAUUUACACGAAGCGGAAAAAAAAUUGGUACUGCUGCUGGAAACAGCAGGAGAAGCUUUGGCCGUGCUGUCCGAGGACGGACCCCACGACAACAGCACCGACGAUACAAUCGAAGAACGCGUACAAGUGUUCCGCAAUUUAGCGUCGCGAUAUUUUUCCAUUGUGAAUGACGUUCAACUGGCAUUACGGAAUCAUACUCACUACUUGGCCAAGAAAUAUGGACAGCCGCUAUUGACACCAUUUAUCAACGGGUACAAGAUAUAA